CAAGAUGGCGGCGCCCUGGCGUGUCACUCGUCCCUAGCUCCUCUUGGGUGUCUGUCGUCUGGGUCCCGGCAUGUUCCCCAUCCUAGGCUGUGGCCGCCGGCUCGCGGCUUCUCUCAGCCAACACCUCGCGUCCUCGGCCCGGCUCGGCGGAGACAGCGCGGCGCCUCGGACUCCGCACUUCGACGUGGUGGUCAUCGGCGGCGGGCAUGCGGGGACAGAGGCGGCGGCUGCCGCCGCGCGCUGCGGCUCGCGGACCCUGCUGCUAACACACCGUGUGGACACGAUCGGUCAGAUGUCCUGUAAUCCUUCCUUUGGUGGCAUCGGAAAGGGACAUUUAAUGAGGGAAGUAGAUGCCUUGGAUGGCCUGUGUUCUCGAAUCUGUGACCAGUCUGGUGUACAUUACAAAGUCUUAAACCGGCGCAAGGGCCCAGCUGUGUGGGGACUGAGAGCACAGAUUGAUAGGAAGCUUUAUAAACAAAACAUGCAGAAAGAAAUCCUGAAUACACCGCGGCUUACUGUUCAGGAGGGAGCUGUAGAAGACCUGGUUCUAACCGAAGCAGAGCCUGAACAUACUGGGAAAUGCCGUGUCAGUGGUGUUGUUUUGGUGGAUGGAAGCACAGUCUUUGCAGAGAGUGUGAUUCUGACUACUGGGACAUUUCUGAGGGGCAUGGUGGUAAUUGGAUUAGAGACGCAUCCUGCGGGCCGUAUGGGAGAUCAGCCUUCUAUAGGGUUGGCUCAGACUCUGGAGAAGUUGGGGUUUGUGGCAGGAAGAUUGAAGACUGGAACUCCACCCCGAAUUGCCAAGGACUCUAUUAACUUCAGCAUUCUAAACAAGCAUACCCCAGAUAACCCAUCCACACCAUUCAGCUUUGUCAGUGAAACCGUGUGGAUCAAGCCAGAAGAUCAGUUGCCUUGUUACUUGACUCAUACCAACCCUGGAGUGGAUAAGGUUGUCCUUGAGAACCUUCAUCUAAAUAGUCAUGUUAAGGAAACUACAAGAGGACCCAGAUACUGUCCCUCCAUUGAAUCAAAGGUGUUACGUUUUCCAAACCGUGCACAUCAAGUUUGGUUGGAACCUGAAGGAAUGGAUUCUGACCUUAUCUAUCCCCAAGGGUUAUCUGUGACGCUACCAGCUGAGUUACAAGAGAAAAUGAUCACAUGCAUUAGAGGCUUGGAAAGAGCUAAAAUGAUUCAUCCAGGGUAUGGCGUUCAGUAUGACUACUUGGAUCCCCGACAGAUCACGCCUUCCCUGGAGACUCGACAGGUUCAACGGCUCUUCUUUGCUGGACAGAUAAAUGGUACCACUGGUUACGAGGAAGCUGCAGCUCAAGGUGUGAUAGCUGGGAUCAACGCCAGUCUUCGGGUUAGUCGUAAACCACCCUUCAUAGUCAGUCGAACAGAAGGCUACAUAGGAGUAUUGAUUGAUGACCUCACCACACUGGGCACAAAUGAACCAUACCGCAUGUUUACCAGCCGAGUGGAGUUUCGUUUGUCAUUGCGUCCUGAUAAUGCUGAUGCCCGGCUCACAUUCCGAGGGUAUAAAGAAGCUGGCUGUGUGUCCCAGCAGCGACAUGAAAAAGCCUCUCAAAUGAAAUCUUCUUUAGAAGAAGCCAUUUCUGUGUUGAAAUCCAUCACAUUUUCAGGCUUCAAGUGGAAAACGUUAAUUCCACAGGCUUCUAUAAGUACUAAUAAAAGUCUGCCCCUCAGAGCCCUAGAUGUUCUGAAGUAUGAGGACGUUGACAUGGAGACACUAGCCAGGGCAGUUCCAGAGCCAUUAAAGAAAUAUACAACAUGUAGAGAGCUGGCUGAGAGACUAAAAAUAGAAGCUACAUAUGAGUCAGUACUGUUUUAUCAGCUACAAGAAAUCAAUGAAGUUCAGCGAGAUGAAGCUUUAGAGCUGCCACAAGACCUGGAUUAUUUAACUAUCAGGGAUGUGUCUUUGUCAGAUGAAGUUCGAGAGAAACUACAAUUCAGUCGCCCACAGACGAUUGGGGCUGCUAGUCGUAUACCUGGAGUGACACCUGCUGCCAUCGUCAAUCUGCUCAGAUUUGUGAAGACUUCUCAGCAAAGACAGGGAGCCAUGAAGAAACUGCCCCAAACUGAUGAGUACUUACAUGGCACAGAGAAAUUUCAAGAGAGGAAGUUGUAGUUUUUUUAUUUCAUGGAAGACUUGUAAAACAAAUAGAUGGAGAGUGUGAAUAGAACAGUUGUAACACCUGUGAAAAUUUUGACUGGGUUUUGGGCUUGUCAUUAGUUUGUAAGACAAAGAUUAUAGUUGUGUAGCACAU